AUGUCCACCGCCUCUCGCCGCCGUCUCGUCCGCGACUUUAAGCGCCUCUCGACUGAUCCUCCCGGAGGCAUCUCCGGCGCGCCGUGCCCGGACAACAUCAUGGUGUGGAAUGCGGUCAUCUUUGGACCUGCCGACACCCCUUUCGAAGACGGCACCUUCCGCCUCGUCCUAACCUUCGACGAGUCCUACCCAAACAAGCCCCCAGUCGUCAAGUUUAUCAGCAAGAUGUUCCACCCGAACGUGUACGCGAACGGCGAGCUGUGUCUCGACAUCCUCCAGAACCGGUGGUCGCCUACGUACGACGUCGCGGCUAUCUUGACGAGUAUCCAGAGUUUGUUGCACGAUCCGAAUCCAAAUAGUCCCGCGAACGCCGAAGCCGCCCAGCUCUACCGCGACAACAACAAGGAGUACGUCAAGCGCGUGCGGGAAACAGUCGAACAAAGCUGGGUCGACGAGGACAUCCCCGCUUGA